AUGAGCUCUACACGCGCCAUGGCGACCCGCGACGCCGUCCUGCAACGCAUAGUGCCGUUUGAACUUCCCUCGUGGGCUGCUGGAUACUUUACCAAGCCUCCCGUGCACGGACGAAUUCCCUUGGGCAAUUUGCCCACUCCGCUGCAUCCCAUUCAUGCUCCUCAUCAUGGCAGUACAAGCAAUACAAGUAGUAUUCUCCAACAAUUCCAUGACCGCGGGAUAUCGCUCUACACAAAACGCGACGACAUGUCGGGAGGCGUCGAAUUGGGAGGCAACAAGAUUCGCAAAUUGGAAUUUCUACUCGCGGAUGCCUUACGGGCGGAUGCCACGCAAGUGGUGACGAUUGGCGGCGAACAAAGCAAUCAUUGUCGUGCCACGGCGGCAGCCGCUCGCAUGAUCGGAUUGGAACCUCAUUUGAUAUUGCGGACGCGUCGUGUAUCCGACACUAGUGAAGAUUUUGGCAUGACGGGCAACAUUCUGUUUGAUCGCAUGGUGGGAAGUACCAUUUACACGUGUACGCCGGGAGAAUACGGACGUCUGGGAUCGGUUGCAUUGGUCCAGCGACUCUGUAAGCAUUUGGCAGCAUCCGAAGACAGCCGUCCCUAUGCCAUUCCCGUGGGAGGAUCCAACGGAUUGGGGAGUUUUGGCUAUAUUCAAGCCGUGGACGAGUUGCUGUCGCAGUGGAAACAAUCAGAACAAUCAUCCUUGGAUCACAUUGUCUUUGCCUGUGGCAGUGGUGGCACCGCCGCCGGCAUUGUCUUGGGCAUUGCCUUGGCGUUUCGACAAGAACAAGCAACAUCACCACCAACAAUCCAUGCCGUGGGAGUCUGCGAUAGUCCCGACUACUUUUACAAAUUUGUGGCGGGAAUUGCCGACGAAAUGGGGUUCUGUCCGCCCAAUGACAACGUCACGACAGAAGAAUUUAUGCGGCAGCACAUGAUUGUUCAUCAGGGCAAGGGUCUGGGAUAUGCCGUCAGUACCGAGGAAGAAUUGGAUUUUGUGAGUCAAUUUGCACUGGAAACGGGCAUGUCACUCGAUCCCGUCUAUUCCGGAAAGGCACUCUAUACAUUUGUCAAACAUGUCGUUGAAAAUAGCGACAAUGACAAAAGUUUCCAACCAGGCACCAAUGUCUUGUUUUGGCAUACCGGUGGCGCCUUGGGGUUGUACGACAAGGGCGAUGACUUACUGAAACGACUUCAGCAACAGUCGCCCGUCCUUCGGCUCGAUGUCUACGGCAAGGACUUGGAGAAUAGCGUGGAUAUAUCCACGACCGAGGAAUGA